ACAUGAAUGCCAACUUAAAAACAAACUCCAAACAAAACAAAAAACAUAAAAAACAAACAUGAAUGCUAAAUAUACGCUGGCCUGCCCAAAGUUGACCAAUCCAUAAAUACAGAGGAUGCCGGCCCUUGAGAGCUGUCCACCCUUCCUCGGUACCGUUGCUGCCAGUCAGCUCUCCUUCUCGAUAACUUUUGACCAGUGACACUAUAAUACAGUACACUAGCUAGCACGAGAAACCUUUGCGAGGUUGUCAACACUCCACACACACACACGACAGAGGAGCGAAAGCGAUGGCGGCAGGCGCCGUUGAGUCUGGCCAUGGCUCCCCUUUGGCUUACGGCGGCGAGCUCACGUUCACCGUAGUCAUCACCUGCCUUGUGGCGGCCUCCGGCGGCCUAAUCUUCGGCUACGACAUCGGCAUCUCAGGCGGCGUCUCGCAGAUGAAGCCCUUCUUGCAGGCCUUCUUCCCCAAGGUGCUCAGGAGGAUGGCGGACGCGAAGCGGAGCCAGUACUGCAUCUUCGACAGCCACGCGCUGACCUCCUUCACCUCGUCCCUGUACAUCGCCGGCCUCGUGUCGUCCUUCGCCGCUGGCCGCGUCACCAGGUCGCUGGGCCGGCGUGGCGUGAUGCUUCUGGGCGGGGCUCUGUUCUUCGCGGGCGGCGCCAUGACCGGCGCGGCGAUGAACCUCGCCAUGCUCAUCGUCGGACGCAUGCUGCUCGGCUUCGGCGUCGGGUUCACCAACCAGGCCACCCCGCUGUACCUCGCCGAGAUGGCCCCCGCGCGGUGGCGCGGCUCCCUCGGCGUCGCCUUCCAGUUCUUCCUCGCCCUCGGGAUCCUCAUCGCCAACCUCGUCAACUACGGCACCGCGCGCCUCGAGUGGGGCUGGAGGCUCUCGCUCGGCCUCGCCGGCGCGCCGGCCAUCGUCAUCUUUGUCGGCGCUCUCUUCCUCACCGACACGCCCAGCAGCUUCAUCAUGCGCGGGAAGGCAGACCUCGCCAGGUCGGCGCUCCUCCGGGUGCGCGGGGCCAGCGCGAACGUGGACGCCGAGCUCAAGGACAUCACGCGCGCCGUGGAGGCAUCGCGCAGCAGCGAGGAAGGCGCGUUCCGGAAGCUGUUCGCCGAUCGGCAGUACCGGCCGCACCUGACCUUCUCCGUCGUGGUGCCGCUGUGCCACCAGCUCAGCGGCAUGAUGGUGCUGACCUUCUUCUCGCCGCUGGUGUUCCGCAUCGCCGGCUUCGGGAGCAACGCGGCGUUGAUGGGCGCGGUCAUCCUCGCCGCGGUCAAGUUCGGCUCGCUCAUCCUCUCCACGCUGGUGAUCGACCGCUACGGCCGUAAGGUGCUCGUCAUGGUGGGCGCGGUGAUCAUGGUCGUAUGCCAGGUCGCGAACGCGUGGAUCAUGGGAGCACAAGCCGCCAAUGGCCCGAUACCGCGGGCUUACGGGGUGGCGCUGCUGGUGCUCACCUGCGUGCAGGGCGCCGGGUUCGGCAUGUCGUGGGCGCCGCUCAUCUGGAUCAUCCCCGGAGAGAUCUUCCCGAUGGAGAUACGGUCGGCGGGGCAGUCGGUGAGCGUGUCGACCACGCUGGGGCUCACCUUCCUGCAGACGCAGACGUUCCUCGCCCUGCUGUGCCGGCUCAAGUACGCCACAUUCGCCUACUACGCGGCCUGGGUGGUGGCGCUCACGGCCUUCGUCUUGGUCUUCUUGCCGGAGACCAAGGGCGUCCCCCUCGAGUCCAUGGGCUCCGUCUGGGAGCGCCACUGGUACUGGAAGAGGUUCGUCGGCGACGGCCACGGCCGGCGCAAACCGGCUUCUUCUCCGUCUGCAUCAACAUGAGCUAUGUGUAUCUGUUUCAGAAAAGGAAGAAAAACUUGGUGUGCCGUGCACGCAUGCUCGGUUAGAAUUUUCUUUAGGAGCGUGUCAUUAUUCUUCUUCUUGCUUGGACUUGGAGUAUCUUCUGUACUGUACUGACUUGCGGAUGAAUUUGCGAUACUGAAUGUUUAUUCUUUUCUUUC